AUGGCUGAGAGAUACGACAAUCUUGUAAAGAGAGACAAUGUGACUAUCUGGGACACAACUUCAUCUGCUGGAGUUACGCCAGUUGAUGUUACUACGAUUCUCUCGGAACCAACUGAUGUGUUCACUUCUGAAGUCACCACCAGUGAUGCUGCUUUGAAUGUCGAUACCACCAUUGCUACCAGUGUCACUUCCUCAGUUGCUGCUGAGGCCACAGCUGCUGAGGCCACUGAGGCCGACACCACUGCUGCUGCUACAACUACUGUUGCUCCUGCUGACACCACUGCUGCUGACACCACUGCUUCAACUCCGGCUCCUUCUACAAGUGCUGUAACGACACAGAUCGGCACUGAAAUCACCACUUAUGACGCACAAGGCCAGCCAACCACCAUAUGGACCACCCAGUACAUCACCUACUACUCCACGGUACAACCUACUGAGCAAGUUGAAGAUACUACGCUAACUUCUGUGAUUUAUACAACAGUCACACUCGCUGAUACCACUGCAGUGGAAGCCACCUCUGUUACUAUCGUUCAAAAUGAUGCUAGUGUAACUGGUGCUGCAAACACUGUUUCUGGUUCUAACGCUGGUUCCAACGCUGGUACUGCCUCUGGCUCAAAUGAUGCUUCCAUUGAGCUCAGCUCGGUCGCAGGUGCAAACUACGCUGUCAAGAUCAAUAGCUUUGGCUCCACUGAGACACUGAGUACCAUCGCAAGCACCGGUGAUGUCUCUGCAACUGCUGCAUCCGUCACCACCUCCAUCUCUGUUUCCGUCUCAACAGUUACUGUCACCGUCACCGACUCUAGCUGCUUGGUUACAUCAACAGAUGAUGCUAGUGUCUCUGUUUCCACAGGGGUUACCCUUUCCACUGCCGUCAUCAAGGUGCCAGUGGUUGCAUCCUUCACCUUCACAAACUCUGAUGGUGAAGUGUUCACAGCAGAAACCUCCACUGAAGUUGAUCAAACUAUUACACAGACGGUACAGGUGACUUCUACGCUAUACACAAGCUCUUCUGCCACUCCAAUUGUUACGUCUGUUGAUGGAACGAACACCACAUCGAUUUAUUACUCAAGUACAACCACUCUUGGUGGGUUCUUCUCUAACGGAACCGAUGCUAACCCAUCGUUGGUUCCAAGAGGCUUGCCAGAAGAGGCACAAGGCUCCACUGAUAACAAUUGUCUCUGGAAACGUCUCGUGAGCUUCUUCUGA